UGUGAAACUGCGCAAACGUCACUUCCUUCAGGCUCUGCAGCUGGAUCUCCGUGUAGGGCCCCGGAGCCGGGGACGAGGUCAGGUUCCCUUGUUACCGCUGGGUGGAGGGCGACGGCGUCCUGAGCCUGCCUGAAGGCACCGGCCGUACUGUGGGCGACGACCCUCGAGGCCUGUUCCAGAAACACCAGGAAGAGGAGCUGGAAGAGAGAAGGAAGCUGUACCGGUGGGGAAACUGGAAGGAUGGGUUAAUUCUGAAUGUGGCUGGGGCAAAACUAUGUGACCUCCCUGUGGAUGAGCAAUUUCUGGAAGACAAGAGUGUUGAUUUUAAGGUUUCGCUGGCCAAAGGAGCGCGUGCGGGACUCCUGGAAGGAAUAUGCCUUAUUUGGGUACCAGUUUCUUAAUGGCGCCAACCCCGUGGUGCUGAGGCGCUCGGUUCACCUUCCUGCUCGCCUAGUGUUCCCUCCAGGCAUGGAGGAACUGCAGGCCCAGCUGGAGAAGGAGCUGGAGGGAGGCACAUUGUUCGAAGCUGACUUCUCCCUGCUGGAUGGGAUCAAGGCCAACGUCAGUCUCUGUAGCCAGCAGCACCUGGCUGCCCCUCUGAUCAUGUUGAAACUGCAGCCUGAUGGGAAACUCUUGCCCAUGGUCAUCCAGAUUCCCCAGUGGUCUGGCUUCUGGCCCAAUGCUGGGUGCGCAGCUCUGACUUCCAGCUCCAUGAGCUGCAGUCUCAUCUUCUGAGGGGACACUUGAUGGCUGAGGUCAUUGUUGUGGCCACCAUGAGGUGCCUGCUGUCGAUACAUCCUAUCUUCAAGGUAACACCUUAUCCCCUUCUCUCCUGUAUUCAGCUGAAUACUUGAUGGGGACCUUUGUUUCUCUAGAGUUCUCUUUCUGUACAACACCCUCAAUUUCAGCAUGCUGCCCUGUGAAUUCUGGCUGCAUUGGCCUCCCAGUACUGCCAGCUCUGUCUGUCCCCUUAACUCAGGAAGAUGAUAGGACUCUGCCAGGGUUGCUCCUCCCUACUCUGCAGCUGGAAAGCUUUCUCCAGGCAGUAAGCUGGGGCAAUUGUGGGGCCCACUUUUGUCUGUUUCUUCAGUUAUUUCAGGCAAGAGGGUAAAUCCAGUUCCUUACUUCACUCCAGCUGGAGGUCUCCUCCUCAUUGUUUUAUAUACGUUUUGUGGAAGAUUAACUUUACAAUUUAGUUUUUAGAUAACAGAAUAUUCAGACAGGGCUGCGACUCCAUUCAUGGAGUAAUUAUCAUAGCUCAGAGAUGAAUAUUAUUACUCUCUCCCAGAGAUGGAUGCAGUGACUUUUGGGACUUUGUGUGUCUCUUUUCUCAAGGAGAGACUAAUAGCAUCUUUAUUUCUAUGAAGAAUAGUUGCACUGUGUUAGAUAGAAAAGAAUAUUUUAUUUUAUUUUAUUUUAUUUUAUUUAUUUUAUUUUAUUUUUGAGACAGUCUCACUCUGUCAGCCAGGCUGGAGUGCAGUGGCACAACCUUGGCUCACUGCAACCUCUGUCUCCCAGGCUCAAGCAAUUGUCCUGCCUCAGCCUCCCAAGUAGCUGGGAUUACAGGCGUGUGCCACCAUGUCUUGAACUCCUGACCUCAGGUAAUCUGCCUGCCUCAGCCUCCCAAAGUGCUGGGAUUACAGGUGUGAGCCACCACGCCUGGCCCAUUUUUUCUUUUUAGUAUGGAAGUUUAAAUAUAAAUGCUGAUUAACCAAUAGAACUGACUGUGGGAGUUAGGCUUCGCCCUUGGCUCCAACCCUCUACCUUCUAAAGUCAGCUUCCUGUCCAAGGCUAGGUCUCUGCAAACCAUAUUCCUGCCUUCUUACCUGGCUCCAUGUCGAGCUCAUACCAGUAACUAAUUCACCCUGGUAGCAGAUGUUCCUUCCCUUAGUGGCAGCUGAAUCCACGUUGCAACUUUCUAAUGUUUGAAGAAGCAGCUUUAUUGCAUCCCUGUUCAGAAUACCAGCACCAGCCAACUGGCACCCCUUAUCAAAAGUCUGAGUUUCAGAUCUCCAGGGUCCUUCCUCCAAGUUUCUGAAGUUUUAAUAAUUCCAGGUUCUGUUCUUUCCUGUCUACUAGUAGGGUAGAGCAUCAUUUCAUAUGCUUAUUACCCCUGUGGGUUUCUUUUUCUGUGAUUUCUCUAUUCAUAUCUUUGCUCGUUUUGCUUCUUUCAUGUCUUUUUCUUACUUGAGUCCUUUAAAUAUUCUGAAGACAAAUUCUCACUUAUUUGCAUUGCAAACAUAUUCUCAAAGUUUUUGGCUUGCCCCCAUCCUUUAAUUUUUUUUUAAAUUUCAGAAGACAGUUUCUCAGCUUUCACCAUGUGCCUUUAUCUUUCCUGGUUUCCAUCUCUGAUUUUAUUUUAUAAUGGCAACAAUGUGUUUCUGUCUUAAUAAAGUGGUCCACCAGGAUUGCUAUCCCAGUGGUUUUUAAACUGCAGUCAAAACAUUAAAGACUGGUGAAAUCAAUUUAGGGGGUCCCAGUCAGCAUUUUAAAAAAUGAAAUAGAGUAGAAUAAAACAUAUCAGUAGAGCAAUAUCAGAAUACAUCACACUGUUUAAUAGGAAGGAAGGAAGGAAGGAAAGAGGAAAGGGUAAGAAAGGAGGUGGGUUGGACAAUUUAUUUUAUUUUUUAUUUAUUUAUUUUUGAGACAAAGACUCGGUCUAUCACCCAGGCUGGAGUGCGGUGCCCAGCGUCUGCCUCCCGGGUUCAAGCGAUUCUCUUGCCUCAGCCUCCUGAGUAGCUGGGAUUACAGGUGCCCAACACGCCCGGCUAAUUUUUAUAUUUUUAGUAGAGACAGGGUUUCACCACGUUGACCAGGCUGGUCUUGAACUCCCGACCUCAGGUGAUCCGCCCUCCACGGCCUCCCAAAGUGCUAGGAUUGCAGGCAUGAGCCACCGCGCCUGGCCAGGUUUGGACAAUUUAGUUAUGACCCACUGUCAAAGUUUUUAUUACAACGUUGCGGCAAGAAAUGAGGCUUUUGCUAAGUCAAUUCAACAAGUAUCUAUAGGUAAGGACACUUUACAGGAAAAGAGAAUGACCAGAUAAUCAUUGUUAGACUGGAUACAAGAAAAGAAAGAAAAGUUCUAGUUAAGGAUUAUUAGAUUUAUUAAAAGACAGUUAAAGGCCCUUGGAUUCCUUCCCUCCAGGGUUGAUAUUAGCUGAGUGCAUAGGUAACUGGUUUCUAACAAGAGGUCAUAAUCUCAUUAAAAUUCAUCAGAAAACGGCUUAAGCAUUUAAUCAGGCAUACAAUUGAUUUCCAAGAAGAGUUUUGUGGCUUAUAUUCCCAAAACAUCCUUGUCCCAGCCAGCGUGUGGGACAAUCUUUUAUUUUACAGUGUACAUAUUUUAUGAAAACUUGUAUUUCACUACAUAUGUACCAUAUCUUGAAGCAAACUUUAUUUUUGACUGUGUGUCACUGUCAAUGAGGUUUGAAAAACACUGCUGUUCUUAAGAGCUGAGAUCCAAUCAAGGCCUCAGGAAUUCCUGGGGUCCCUAAACCUGUCCUUGCCUGUAGGAAACCUCUCUAUCUCUGCAGGCACCUAGGGGAGGUUCUCCUGGAUGUCUUCACAGACAUCCUGCAUAGCUGUUAAACUCAGAAGUCUAUCCAUCCCACGUCUGCUUUUUGCCAUAUAAGAUUUCAUUUUCAAAAGGGUCCCAAUGCUAAAACAAAAUCUUUGAACAUCAUCAAGCUAAUCUAAUCCCAUUGUUUUACUCUGAGGAAACUGAGGCUCGGAGUGAGAACACCUUGCCAGUCGCAUGGCAUUUGGCCCACCUGCAGUGGUACUGCCCCCACCAGUCUACCAGAGUAGCAAAGAUUUCACCAGUAGGAACUCAUGUAUUUAGUGUUAAUGGCCUGUCCACAUUUCCCUUUAAAAAGACCAGGAGAGGCUGGACAUGGUGGCUUAUGCCUGUAAUCCCAGCACUUUGGGAGGCCGAGGCAGGUGGAUCACAAGGUCAAGAGAUCGAGACCAUCCUGGCCAACAUGGUGAAGCCCCGUCUCUACUAAAAAUACAAAAAUUAGCUGGGCAUGGUGGCACAUGCCUGUAGUCCCAGCUACUUGGGAGGCUGAGGCAGGAGAAUCACUUGAACCCGGGAGGCAGAGGUUGCAGUAGGCCAAGAUCGCACCACUGCACUCCAGCCUGGUGACAGAGCAAGACUCCAUCUCAAAAAAAAAAAAAAAAAAAAAAGAAAAGACCAGGAGAUAAGGGCUAAGUAAUUAAAUUUCUCCUUAGUGUAUAUUCAUUGAUCAGAUUUUUUUUACCAAGGCUACUUCACCCAUUAGUCAUGAUAGGGUAUAGUCCUAAGGCCUGUGAAUUGUUCAAGGGCCUACAAAAAUGGCUGAGGCCCAAAAAACUCAUUGCCUUCAAAAUACAAAAAGAAAACAAAAUUGAAAUUAAUAAGUGAUAUAGUUUGGAUACUUGUUCCUUCAAUCUCCUGUUGAAAUUUGAUCCCUGGUGUUCAGGAUGGGACCUAGUGGGAGGUAUUUGGACCAUGGGGGCGGAUCCCUCAUGAAUGGCUUAGUGCCAUUCCCGCAGAAUUGAGUUCUCACUCCUGGUUCCAGCGGGGGAUAUCGCUGCUAAAAACAGUCGGGCAGCUCCCCUCUCUCUUGCUCCUUUGCUCUCUCCCUGUGAUGCCUGCUCUCCUUCACCUUCCAUCAUGAGUAGAAGUCCCCUGAAGCCCUCGCCAGAAGCAGAGGCUGGUACCAUGCUUCUUGUAUAGCCUGUAGAAUUGCGAACCAAAUAAAUCUGUU